AAAAUAAAAAUAAUUGGGAAUUUUUUUUUAAAAAAAUAAAAAUAAAACAAAAAAUGUUCGAAUCAAUGGUCUUCGUGAGCCAACUACCGUUUGGCCACGUGAUAGGGAGUUCGCAGCAAUGUCUUCCUUCCCUCUUUCUUCUUCGCCUCAAAACAAUUCCUUAUAUUAAUAUUCUCCAAUUCGAUUUUUUUUUUUUUUUACCAAAGAUCCAAUUUUUAACCCACCAUCCAUCCCAUCAUCCAUCAUAAUUCUUUGAUUUAAUAAUUCACGAUUUUUCCCACAUCAAUUAUAUUGUUUCCUAUAUAAAUCAGCUCCCUUUUCUUCCCACGAAUCAACUCUCUUUACUCAUCCUGACACAGAAACAAACAGGUAGGUACUACUUACACCCCAACUACAUUUUUUGAUUGUUGCCAUAUUGAAGCAAUUUCGCCUUUUGAUACAGAGAACAAGUUAGUAAUUGUUGAAUUUGAUCUGUUUUAAUUGGUGGGUUCUUUUGUUUUGGCUGUUUAGUGAUCCGGGUUUGUGUCUGUUUUGAGGAAGAAUGUUUCCGUGAUUGGAUCACUGCCCGUUUCUAUAAUUUUUCGAUGUUUCCGAGGAAAAUGGAGAAUGGGGAAUCUUUAUGCUUUCUUUUGUUGUUUAGUUCAUGGUCCAGGUCCACUGCCUUUUAAAUUUCAGUUGGAGAUGGAUCUCCUUAUGCUUUAACUGCCACUCUGAAAGAAUAAAGUUGGCUACUUUUUUUUUGUUAGUGCAUACGUGAUUUGUGUUUUUCAUUGCUGGGAUCUUGAUUCUCCUGGUAAAGUUGGGAAUUUCAAUUUUGGUUUUUAUCAGUUUUCUAUGGUCUGAUCAUAUCUACACUCCCAAUUAUGAUGAUGGAUCUAACUUGAUUGAUUGCAGAAUUAGUGACGGUGACUCGAAUUCAUUUUGUUGUUGUUAAGAUUGAUUGAAGUAUGGAAUUUUACAUUUUCACUUGAUGAAUUAGAUCUCUCGUUCUGUGAUCCUCGGAUUUUUAGUUGGUAAUGUAUGAAUUGUGUUUCUAACUCUUGUGUUUUGAUUUGUCAACUUCUAUAAUGCUGUGCAUGAAGCUUAGUGUAUGUUUUUUCAACUGCAUUGCAACUUUAAGAUGUCCUGCUUAGACGCUGAAUUUCCUGGAGUUUUGCUUUAGAUCUCUAUUCUACGAAAGAGUCCUGGAAGAGUUGUUGCCAGUACUCAAUUACGUUUCUGUUUCUUUUUUAAUGAUCUUUUUGUCUAAUAUGCUGAACAAACGAUGAUAUCAACUGAUCCAGUGUCCGAAUGAAUCAUAUGCUGUUUGGAAGUUGUGAAUGUUUGUCCAUCAAUUUUCAGGUUUACUUGCUUUUCUAAGAAGAAAUGUUGUCAUUUAUUUGAAUUAAACAGAACCUUUGCUUGAGCGACAGCCAUGGCUACUGGGCAGCUGUUCUCCAAGACUACUCAAGCAUUAUUUUAUAAUUACAAGCAGCUCCCAAUCCAGCGGAUGCUGGAUUUUGACUUCCUUUGUGGGAGAGAAACACCUUCGGUUGCCGGAAUCAUAAAUCCUGGUUCAGAAGGAUUCCAGAAGCUAUUUUUUGGCCAAGAGGAAAUAGCAAUCCCUGUACAUUCCUCCAUUGAAGCCGCCAGUGCUGCUCAUCCUACUGCUGAUGUUUUCAUUAACUUUGCAUCUUAUAGAAGUGCUGCCGCUUCAUCAAUGGCUGCACUCAAGCAGCCAACUAUUAAAGUUGUAGCUAUCAUAGCAGAAGGUGUUCCUGAGGCAGACACCAAGCAAUUGAUUGCAUAUGCUCGCUCAAACAAUAAAGUUGUUAUCGGCCCAGCCACUGUUGGUGGUAUCCAAGCUGGAGCUUUUAAAAUUGGUGACACUGCUGGAACAAUAGAUAACAUUAUUUCAUGCAAGCUGUACAGGCCUGGUUCUGUUGGUUUUGUUUCAAAAUCUGGUGGCAUGUCUAACGAAUUAUACAACACAAUUGCUCGUGUCACAGAUGGAAUUUAUGAAGGUAUUGCUAUUGGAGGAGACGUGUUUCCUGGAUCUACUCUUUCAGAUCAUGUUUUACGGUUUAACAACAUCCCACAGGUCAAAAUGAUGGUUGUCCUUGGGGAACUUGGUGGAAGAGAUGAAUAUUCCUUAGUUGAGGCCCUUAAACAGGGUAAGAUUAACAAACCGGUGGUUGCUUGGGUCAGUGGAACUUGUGCAACACUUUUUAAGUCUGAAGUUCAAUUUGGCCAUGCGGGUGCUAAGAGUGGUGGUGAAAUGGAGUCUGCGCAAGCAAAGAAUCAAGCACUGAGGGAUGCUGGUGCUGUUGUUCCUACCUCCUACGAAGCGUUUGAGGGUGCUAUUAAAGAGACAUUUGAUAAACUUGCUGCAGAUGGCAAAAUCACUCCAGUGAAGGAAGUGACACCUCCACCAAUUCCAGAGGAUCUUAACACAGCAAUCAAGAGCGGGAAAGUCAGGGCUCCCACUCAUAUCAUUUCCACCAUCUCUGAUGAUAGAGGUGAAGAGCCAUGCUAUGCUGGCAUUCCUAUGUCAUCUAUUGUUGAACAGGGAUUUGGUGUUGGUGAUGUCAUUUCCCUAUUGUGGUUCAAACGAAGCCUUCCCCGGUACUGUUCUCGUUUUAUCGAGAUUUGCAUAAUGUUGUGUGCGGACCAUGGUCCUUGUGUCUCUGGUGCUCACAACACCAUUGUAACAGCCCGGGCUGGAAAAGAUUUAGUGUCCAGCCUUGUCUCCGGUUUGCUGACCAUUGGUCCUCGAUUUGGUGGAGCUAUUGAUGAUGCUGCUCGUUACUUUAAGGAUGCUUAUGACAGGAAUCUUACACCUUACGAAUUUGUAGAAGGCAUGAAAAAGAAGGGCAUUCGUGUUCCGGGAAUUGGACACAGGAUCAAGAGUGCGGACAACAGAGAUAAGAGAGUAGAACUGUUACAGCGAUAUGCACGUGAAAACUUCCCAUCUGUGAAGUACAUGGAGUAUGCUGUCCAGGUUGAAACUUACACACUUUCAAAGGCCAACAAUCUUGUCCUUAAUGUUGAUGGUGCCAUUGGGUCAUUGUUUCUUGAUCUGUUAGCUGGGAGUGGAAUGUUCACGAAACAAGAAAUUGAUGAGAUUGUAGGGAUCGGUUACCUGAAUGGCCUCUUUGUACUUGCCCGUUCCAUUGGUCUCAUCGGGUGAGUUUUAACAUUUACACUUUGGUUUGAUCACUUUGCUCUAGAGUAUUACUAUUUCUUUGUCCAAUUUGAUCCCUUUAGAAGAAAAGAAAUAUUCUAUCAGCAGAAAACUGAUGCAGGCAAUUGAAAUUUUCUUGCAGGCAUACCUUUGACCAGAAGAGGUUGAAGCAGCCAUUGUACCGCCACCCGUGGGAAGAUGUUCUUUACACCAAGUGAAGAUGAUGCUGAUCAUCCUCGUCAGUCAGACUCCAUUCAAAUCAGAUUUUCAAGUUUGCCACUUUGUUGUGAGAAUCUAAUCAGUUUUAGGGUUUAGUGUUUUUGCUAUGCCGAAAAAGACAAGCAGGUUUAGACACUUCAUUUGUAAGUUGUUCCUCUAUUUGCCUAGGUCCAGGUUUACAGAAAAAGAUCAUGAAUGAAUGUGUAGUUGUCAUUUUCUGGGGGAACUCCUAUCCAGUCUUUUCCAAUAACAGACUGUUGUUGUAUUCAUUGUCCAUUGAGAGCCAAGAAAGAAAUGAGUAAACUUUUUAUCUUCUUCAUUUCUUUGUGUGUUUAAGCAAAUAUUUUAGUCCCCUUGUUGCCCAAUGUUAAGGGGAGUCAAUAACAUAUAUAUAUAUUUCCUCAGUUCC